UAGAGGGUGGGGCAAGGUUGGGCUCCGCUGACGCCGGGCUUUUCCAGGUGGCGGUCGCUGCGAUGCUGGCCGGCUACAUGGCUUUGAGAGGAGUCUCCGCGCGGAUACUGAGCCGCAGGCCGGGCCUGCACUUCCCACGUACGUGAAGCUCGGCGGCGGCACACACUAAGAAGACACAGAGCCGACCGGCCCAAAGUAAGAACCACCUUCCCACCUACACUCCGGUCCAGCUGUGGCCUUGACCCUUGGUGGUCUCUGUCUGUGAUUGCAAGGGCUGCCGGGAAGGGAAGCUGGGUUGUGCCCAGGGUCAGAAGCGCUAAGCCUCUCGUCCUGGGUUUGACUGGAGGGACCCACUGGUACUGGAGGAGCAGCUGACUGCUGAUGAGAAACUCAUCAGGGACACCUUCCGCAACUACUGCCAGGAGCAGCUUAUGCCUCGAAUUGUGCUGGCCAAUCGGAAUGAAGUUUUUCACCGGGACAUCGUGUAUGAGAUGGGGGAGCUGGGCAUGCUGGGACCCACCAUCAAAGGGUAUGGCUGUGCUGGGGUGUCAUCAGUGGCCUAUGGGCUCCUGACCCGAGAGCUGGAGAGGGUGGACAGCGGCUACAGGUCAAUGAUGAGUGUUCAGUCUUCUCUUGUCAUGCACCCCAUCUACACCUAUGGGAGCGAGGAGCAGCGGCAGAAGUAUCUGCCCCGGCUGGCCAAGGGUGAACUUCUGGGCUGCUUUGGGCUUACAGAGCCCAACCAUGGGAGUGACCCCGGUGGUAUGGAGACCAGAGCUCGCCACAAUCCAUCAAACCAGAGCUACAUUCUCAAUGGGACCAAGACCUGGAUCACCAACUCACCUGUGGCUGACCUGUUCGUAGUGUGGGCUCGGUGUGAGGACAACUGUAUUCGGGGCUUUCUGCUGGAGAAGGGAAUGCGGGGCCUCUCAGCCCCUAGGAUUGAGGGGAAGUUCUCCUUGCGGGCUUCGUCUACUGGUAUGAUCAUCAUGGACAACGUGGAAGUGCCUGAGGAGAAUGUGCUCCCUAAUGCGUCCAGCCUGGCGGGUCCUUUUGGCUGCCUCAACGCUGCUCGAUAUGGCAUCACAUGGGGUGUCCUGGGAGCUGCUGAGUUCUGUUUGCACACAGCACGGCAAUACGCUCUGGACAGGAUCCAGUUUGGUGUCCCCUUGGCCAGGAACCAGCUGAUUCAGAAGAAGCUGGCAGACAUGCUCACCGAGAUCACAUUGGGCCUCCACGCUUGUUUGCAGCUUGGCCGUUUAAAGGAUCAGGACAAGGCUACCCCAGAAAUGGUCUCCCUGCUGAAGAGAAAUAACUGUGGGAAAGCCCUGGACAUUGCCCGCCAGGCACGAGACAUCCUGGGAGGAAAUGGGAUUUCUGAUGAGUACCAUGUGAUCCGGCAUGCUAUGAAUCUGGAGGCAGUGAACACUUAUGAAGGUACACAUGACAUUCACGCUCUGAUCCUUGGGAAAGCAAUUACUGGGAUUCAGGCAUUCACAGUUGGCAAGUGAACCCACUUCAACAGCGGGACCUUCAACAAGAGAAAUGCUUGGCUAGAACCGCGCACCGUGCAUUGCUCUUUGUCUGCUCAAGAAGCAGUGGCUGGAACUGGCUUUUAUGGUGGAAAGUGAGACACUGAUUUGAGACUAUGGAAAUUUCAGAUAUGCUCUAUAGAAAGAAGAUGAAAUUCUCUGUAUGGCCCUUAGCCCAUUUUAAGUGAGAUCAGACUCCAUUUACUUUAAGCUUCUUCUAACUGGGGGGGGGGGGACGACACUGUGAAAUGGAGCAGACCUUGUGAGAAAGUGCUCUGGAGUUUGUGGUGCCUUCCUUCCUGCCUCCAUCCCAGGGGCAGUGCCUUCUAUGUUCAACACUGAGCAAAUAAAAGAGAAAAAUAAAGCCUGUGCCUCAC